AUGAUAUCUAGACAAAACCACAGAAGAAAUUGUUUAAAACUGAAUGACUACACAUUUGAAAGAGUAAGAACUUUUAGGUUUCUAGGUGCAGAUAUUAAUGAGAAUGCUAAUAACCACGAAGAAGUAAAACAACGGCUCAUCAAAGCACACGGGUGAUAUCAUUAUUGAAAUCGAGAUUAUUAUCAAGAAAAUCGUUUGUUGUAUAUUACCAAUUUUAUAUUGUCUAACCAUAAGUGACUUAUAACAGUUAUAACAGAAAACAAAAUUAUAUAUAUACAGUUCAAUAAUAGAUAAAAAACGAUAUAUUUGGUAAAACAAUUAAAAUUGAUUAGCUAAUCGAUAUUAAAUUACUCCUUCCUUAUUAUUACGGCGAAUGCAACUUAAAGUACGUGGUAAUAAUGUAUUCCUUAUCAAUUGUAUAGGAGCACACGACCGCAGAUAUAUAGAUAAUAUUAUCUAUAUCUGUAACUUUGAGGAGCUAAAUUCACAACGUAACCUUAUCUAACCACAUCGAUAUUACAGACAUGUAGAUUGGUAGCGUUAUGAGUAAUUAAUUUAAAAUUUUGCAAUUUUACUGAGUAGGUACCGAAGUCAAUUGUUGUAAUCAUAUUGGAAUUUAUGACUUAAUUCGUUGAUGUUGCGUUAAACCAGAAAGAUUAUAUGUAUAGUAUAUUUUCUUUUAUAAAAUGAUUAUUUAUUUAUUCUUUAAAAUUAUUUGUAUUGUGUGUUAUCGAUGACAACAUUGAACUGACAUAUUAUUAUACAAUACCUAUUUAUUAUGGGAGUUAAUCAAACAAUCAACAAAUUCAAAGUGAGUAUUAAUUAUUAUAAUGUAGAUAGUAUAAUACAUCGACACCUACUCAUUACCAUCUUAGUUUUAUAUUGUAUAAUAAAUAACCAUAUAGGUACCUACUACCUAUAAUCUAUGUGAUUAUUAAAUUUUGUUAACCAAAAUAUCAUUGCCUACCUAAGGCACCAUGGUUACCGGACCACCUACUUAAUGUAGGUAAUAUCAAUAUUUUGCACAUUUAAAUGUUCUGUGAAUAAUAUAAUAUAAUAAUACAUUAAAGUCUUUAAGUCAUUAAGACCCUCUUGGUACCAAUUCUACCACCACCUGGUAAAAUUCAUAAAUUAAAUACUUAUACAUUUUAAAUAGGUAUCUGAAUAAUCAAUAUUAUUGACAUUCAUACAAUGUUAUUAUAAAAUGCAGUAUUUCUAGUUCCAUAUCAUUGAUUUUGUUCUUAUUGAAACCGUAUUAUUGCCAAAAUAAGAAUGUAGAUUACUAUAUGAUAAAAAAAUAAUAAUGCAAAAUUGCAUAGAUAUUAAUUAAAUCAGUUUCAGCAAACAAAUAAUCACCAAAAAAUAAUUUGAAGUAGGUAGUACAAGUUUAUAUAGAGUGAUUCACUAAGUAUGCUCACCCCAUUUUUUCGGUUAGAUUUUACAUUUAUUCAAAUUCUGAUUUUUGGAACUUUUAAAUGUAGUUUAAGUCGAUAUUAUCGAAUACUUAGAUUUUUCAAAACAUUUAAGGAGUAUACUCUGGUGAUACCAACUUUGGUUUUUCAAAUGAGAACAUAUAUUAAAAAUUCCAUAAAUAAAAUAAGUAUUACUUUAAGUAAAUGAUGGUGUUAACAAUUUUGAUUUAUGUAUAAUUAUUCAUUAUUAUUAGGUGCCAUAAAGGUAUAAAACUUUUUAAAUUUUGAAUUAUUUGUAUUGUAGUAUAAUUAAUUUCCGUUUUUGUUUCUAUGUUUGAAAUGUUUCAUUUAUGAGCGUUUUUUAAAAAUGCUUUCCAACCCUCGAUAUUAUACAUGAAUUAUAUUUAUUAUUGAUGGACAAAAUUAAAAUUUGUAUACAUUUAAUAGAUUUAUUAAUGUUUACCUCUUCUACAAUUUUCAAAAAAGUCAAUUUAGUUGGAUUUUACCAUCCUUCAUAAGAUAUAAUUUUUAAAUAUAUUUUAUAUUUUAUUUGGUUUUAAGAUUAAGGUAAUUAAUAUAUACUAUGUUUUAUAACUUUUCAGAUCUACAAUUAACUCUGAAGGAGAAACACCUCAAGUAAUUGAAAUAAAAAAAUGAAAUUGAUUUAUUAAAUAAAUGUGAGUUUGAAAGUGUAUUAACUGGUAAUGUUAACCAAUCACCAGAGUAAGUUUUUGUUUUUUUUUCUAUGUUUUAAUUACAUUAUAUUAAACCUAAAUUAAACCUAUUUAAUCUGUAAAUGAUUACACAUGUCCUUCAAGUAAGCUGUUCACAAUUAUUAAUAAUUGUAUCCAAUAUUAAGUGAUAAUUUUUGCAAAUAAGUUGUACUAAUUAAUAACUGUUGGCAUUCUAUUUCUCUAAAUAAAAAAAAAAUACAUAUGCUACUUGAUUUAGUAAAAGUUAGUAAAACAAUGCUAACCUAACUUAACUAUUUAUAAGCAUUAUAAGCAGUCAACUUGGAAUUAACAAUGAUCUAAGCUAACCUAACAAAACUUGAAAAUGGAUAGAAAACUUAUAUUAGCCUUUUCUAGACGUAGUAGAAUUUUCAUAUUAAUGAUUAAUCAUUGCAUACAGAUAUACAUCUGAUUCCUCUCCAUAGGUAUUCUACCUUCCCAACUUCUGACCUACAACAGUGGCCUAACCAUCUUGCGAAGUAUGUCAUUCUUUUUUUCCUGAAAUUUGACAAAGAAAUAUUAAAUAUUGGAUAAAUUUUUAAAAUAUUAUAUUAUAAUAUUUUUAAAUUUUAAAUUGUAUAAUAGUAUUAAUUGUUUAUUAAUAUACAUUUUCUAAACAUUAAAAAUUUGUUUAAUUUAUAUUAUAAGUAAGUUACUUAGGAACAACAUAUUAGUUUAUAUCACAUAUGUUUGGGUAACUAAAACUUUAUCACUAUGAAUAGUUGAAAAUAAUAAAUAACAACCACAGCUUUCUUAAUAUACAGCUUUAAUAAUUACCGCUUAUUAGCUGAUGGAUUACCAGUUUUCGAUUACAGAAUUUUAUUAUUAGGUGCCAUAGAGACAUAAAACUUAUUGCAUUUUGUAUUUGUAUUGUAGUAUAAUUUAUUUUUGUUUUUGUUUCCAUGAUUGAAUUUUUUUCGUUUAUGUCGGUUUUUAAAAACACUUUCCAACCCUCAAUAUUUUACAUGCAUUAUAUUUAUUACUGAUGAACAAAAUCAAAUGUUUACCUAUUCUACAAUUUUCAAAAAAAUCAAUUUAGUUGGAUUUUACCAUCCUUCAUAAGAUAUAAUUUUUAAAUAUAUUUUAUAUUUUAUUUAGUUUGAAGAUUAAGGUAAUUAAUAUAUACUAUGUUUUAUAACUUUUUAGAUGUACAAUUAACUCUGAAGGAGAAACACCUCAAGUAAUUGAAAUAAAAAAAUGAAAUUGAUUUAUUAAAUAAAUGUGAGUUUGGAAGUGUAUUAACUGGUAAUGUUAACCAACCAUCAGAGUAAGUUUUUUUUAAUUGUUUUUUUUUAUUGUUAUAACUAAAUUAAAUUAAACCUAAAUGAUAUCAUAUUACACAUGCACUUAAAUUUGUUAGUUCACAAUUAUUAUUAGUUACAUAUAUAAUUAAGAGAUAAUUAUUGCAAAUUAGUUGUCCCACUUAAAAACGGCUGGCAUUUUAUUUCUCUGAACAAAAAAAAAAAGACAUAUUUUACUAGUUUUAGAAAAGGUUAGCAAAACAAAUGUUAAAAUAAUUUACUAAUUAUAAUAUUUAAUAAUAUUUUAUUAUAAUAAUUUGUAUAAAUUAAAUUGUUCAACCUUUGGAACACCAGCCUAUCUGUGCUGUAUAAUAAACAAAAUUAUCUUGAAAGUUUGAGACUAAUUGGAUAAUAUGUAUGGGAUUUUAAUAUUCUAAAACCAACAAAUUGUAUGAAAUUAAUAAAAAUAGUGUAAAUAGUCAAGAUUAUCAAGGUUCAUGUUAUUUUCAGUUGCAAUAAUUAGAAUGCACUUUAUUAAUAUAUAUAUAUAUUUAUUAUAAGUAAAACUAUUCUUAUACGGAAACAGUUAGUAAUUCCAUAAAGAGAUAUUAAUUUCAGUUGAUUUCUGAAAAAAACAUGUACAAUCUAAUCCCCAUAUAUUAAAAAAGAUAUUAAGAUCUUUAAAAUAGGUCCUUUGAUUUUUAUUUUUAAAAACAGUUUUAAACUAGUCAGUGACAGUCAUCAGUGAUUUUAUUGUUGGGGGAGGGGGGAAGGUAAGGAUAAUUUUUUAGAAUAAUUAUUUUUAUGUAACAUUUAUUUCAUAUAUAUAACUGAAGAUAUAAUAUAAUAUACAGAGUUAUUUAUGCUUGCUCAUUCCAUUUGUAUCUAUUUUAAACUAUGCAUAAAUUCAAAUUUUGAUUUUUGGAAUUUUUAAAUUCAUUGAAUGACCAUAUUUUUGCAUACUUAGUUUUUUCACUAUAUUUAAAGAGUAUCCUAUGGCUAUAGCAACUUUGGUUUUUCAAAUGAGAUCUACAUAUUUUGAUCUAAAUUAUUAAUCAGUUAAUUUUUUUGAAAACUAACAUAUUGUAAAUGAAAUUUCAACGAAAUUUCUCUGAACUAUUCUGUAUUAUACUCCAUAGCUCUGCUAGGUAAAAAUGGUCAGUAAUUUAUUGUGGUUUACCUACUAAUUAUAUAAAAAUAAAUUAUUACAAAGGGAGAUUGACAUUUAAAUUGUUUAUGAUCUUCUAGUCAAUUGCAACUGACUGUUAGACAACCCCUGCAUUAUAUUGUAUUUGUCAUAAGAUAAUAUAGCUUCUUUUGUUUUUAUUUUUACUUGAAUAUUAAGUUAGUGGGUCUCAAUGUUUUCUUUUACAAAAUUGUUGUUCUGCACUAUUCAGAUGUUUGGGAACUGCUAUAAUAGGCUAUAGUUUAAUACAAAAAAAAUUUAUAAUAUAUAUACCAAUACAACUAAAUUAACUUAAACAAAUUUAGGUUAUACUUUUCUCAUUACAUUGUGUUUGUGAAAUUUUCAGUUACAUACACUACUCCGAAGGUGAAGUAGAACAACCAAAUACCCAAACACCUGAAUUAAUAAAUGGUUGUAUGUUUAUAAGUAUAAUGACUAUUGAAAUUGACCCUAUGGAAUUAAUUUCACAUAAAAAACCACACCUUAGAAACAAGAGUUAUACAUGCAACAUUUGUCGUAUCACAUUUAAUUCAAAAUCGGAUUUAAUAUCACAUAUAAUGAAAUAUUUACAGAAGAUACAUAUAUGCAUUAUGUGUAAUAAACCAUUUACUCAGGCAAAUGCUAUAAAAUGUCAGAUUAAAACUGAUAUCGAAAAACGAUGCAAAGUUUGUAAAAAAUCAUUAACUCAAUUGAUCAGUUUAAAGCAGCAUAAGUUAAUUCAUACAGGAGAAAAACCUUACAAAUGUAAUGAGUGUAGAAAAUCAUUUAGGGAUAAGAGUGGUUUUACAAAACACUUAAAAACUCAUACAGGUGAGAAACCCUUUAAAUGCAAUGUUUGCGCAAUAUCAUUUUCUCAAUCAUCUAGUUUAAAGGUGCAUAAGUUAAUUCAUACAGACGAAAAGCCCCACAAGUGUAAUGAGUGUAAAAAAUCAUUUAGACUGAAGUCUCAUUUGACGAGUUACAUAUGGAUUCGUGAUAGUGAGAAAUAUUUUAAAUGCAAUUUUUGUGAAAAAUCAUUUUGUCAUCUGAACAGUUUAAAGCGACAUAAGUUAAAUCAUACAGGUGAGAAACCUUUUAAAUGUAAUGUUUUUGUAAAAUCAUUUACUUGA